AUGGACUCGGCUUACGAGUCCGAUGAAGCUAGCCGCUCACCGAGUCUGUUUCCUUCUCUGCUGCCCCUUCAGCCGAUAGACUGGUCCUCUACGUCAGCCCAACCACCCUCUUGUUCGCAAACGCAAGACGAAUAUGAUACCAAAAUGGUGGAGGCCAGCCACCCUCAUGGAGGGUGGUUCCGGACUACCGACCCCCAUGUCCGCUCCGCUGCACGGGAACAGCAACCGCCCAGAAAUCACUGGAGGCUCCUAGAAGCCUGCGAAGGUUUCGACUUGCGCACUUGGGUUGCCGCGCCCGCAAGCGACCCCCCGAAGACGACGGCAUUGACACCACCACUGCCGCCGUCGUCGCCACCGCCGGAGUCUGGUCGAGGCGACGUCUUUGUCCGCUUCCCAGACCUGCCCUACGAGCUGCGCUCCAAGAUCUGGCGCAUCUAUCUGGAGCGGCCCCGCGUCGUCGUCAUCAGGGGUGUCAUGGACACCUCGGGCGUUGAGUCUUCUGGCAACGAGCUUGGCAACGUUGCCUGCAACGCCCACUGGUAUUGCGAGAAUAGGAGCCCGGCCAUUUUCCGAGUGUGCCUUGAGGCCCGUCGCGAGGCUCUGUCUUUCUUCAGGAUCCAUCUGCCCAUGGCCUCGCCCGAGCCUGACGCCCACGGCUAUCCGCAACGGAGCCAGCGAAACCCGGCCUGGGCCCGGAUCUACAUUAAUCCCGAUUGGGACCUUGUGCUGUACCAAGGCGCCUCCCGAUCCCUAACCAUGCCCAUCCUUGCCAGCGACCUGCUUGCCUACGACCCCUUGGGCGAGGGCGUCGCCCACUACGGCUCCAACGACUGGCCAAAGAGCAUCUGGCACGUUGACCCGGACCCCGGCUGUGGCAUGGCCACCCUGAAUGAAUCAUUUGCCGUGCUCAAAAGCUUCUUCCUCUGUACCCGCUCCACCUCGGACAUGACCCGCCCGCUUGGUGAGGGCUACGUGCACGCCGUGACGGGCGAGGUUGGCCGCGCUGGCAUGCUCGACUUUGGCCUGCACGUCGUCGACUGGACGCGCGCCUCGCGCCUGGUCGUGCGCACGCCCAACAACAGCAUGAUCCGCAAGGCGCUGAUCCUCGGCAAGGGCGUCGACGACGCCGUCGUGAACAACCUCGUCACGGUCGAGAUGACGACCCGCAUCGACAAGUCCCUUAUCCGUGACCUCUGCUCGACCACCGACGGAUGGGUCAUCAGGCUGGCCUGGCAGCCCCCGGACCGCAGCAUCUCCCAUGUGAUGCACCUGACCACCGGCCUGCUGCGCCGGCCGCCAGAGUGA